GGAUAAUGUUUCAACGAGCUAACCUCACGCUAUUGUUUUUGUUCGUUACGAUGUUGUAAACAAAUUGCUCGAUGAAUUCUCAGUAAAGAAAAAAAUUGCGAUGCAACCGACUGAAGAGGAACGCCCUCGUCAGGAGGAAACGGAUAUUCACAAUCAUGCCCCAUCAGUGGAAAACGACCGGUCACAUAGCAUGGCGAUCAAAGAAACCGAUCUGUUCGAUUACAUUUGUCGUGACCAAAAAGUUUUUUACAAAAGUCAACAAAUCAAUGACCCGGAGCUUUCCCAGGUGGAGAAAAAAGAAAUUUUGAAACAAGUACUGGAAAAAAGUCAUUCAGUUUUUCUUUCACGGUUCGGAUUGUUCCUAAGGGAGGAUCACCUAAAUUUUUUUGAACAAGAACAGCAGACAAGCGGUUACAGUCCGGAUGAGCGAUAUGAGGUGGAUUACUAUCUGGAGAGAAUUCGUCGUUCACAGAACGGUGGUCGCGAGCAAGAGGUACGCAAUCGUAGGUAUGCGGCCCUGAAGCAACUCGUUCUGGACGGCAAUUAUUUCAGCGAGGUAGAAAUGAUGCAACGGGAACCGCUUUUGUAUGAGCAACUAGUUGGGCAAUAUUUGACCGAGAAGGAACGCAAAGCAAGAGAUACGGCCGGAUUUAAAAACGAUAGCCUGGUUACUAUUCUGUUUAAUGGAAUAGAUCGGGACAAUGCGGCAGCAUUGCGGAAGGAGCAGGAAAAUAGCGAAAAAAAUAUGGAGGAAAUGGUUGGUUCAAUGGACAAUGACGACGAGGACCGAUCGGGGGAAAAUCCACCCGAUUCACCGAGAUGUUCAAGAGCUCAAUGGGGUAAUUUCGACCAGGAAGAAGAAGAACGACAGAAAAACAUCCAACAAGAAUUGGCGGCUAAAAAACGGAACCAAAAAUUUUCCGUUCCAAUGAAUUUGUUGACCUCGGGAGAACGCAGUUUGCUGAGGGAUGAAUUCAUUGGGAUGAUGUACUCCAAGUUUAUAUCGGGCGAGGAUGAUGAUUUUGAUUAUUCGAAAAUUGAUGAAUCUUUAGAAUACGAUAAUUUGGAUAUCGUUGAACAGGAUGAACAAGAGCGAUACUUCGAUACAGACGAUGCGGAGGAAACUGGAGGGGAUAGCGAACAAAAUAAUUCGUCGCAGAUGCAAGCAGAUGACGAGGAAGAUGAUCUUGAUGUAUACAUGAGACAUAUCGAUCAGCAUUUGAAGAAUCAAAAAAAUAUGGAUCAGAUGCAUGAUAAGAUGAGAGAUGUGAACUGUGAAUAUGAUAGUGAUGGGUAGGGUUCGGUACUGUACUCAUAUUUGUUGUAAGUUGUAGCGUUAUUUGUGUAAUAUAGAUUACGUGAACACUGUUA